UUAUCAAUUCUUUUCCCUUGUUAUUCAUUCCUCUUCUAUUUGUCUCUUUGUUACUUGCAAAUUUUGAUAUUAUUUAUCAUCAUUAUGGGAAGGCCUCCUUGUUGUGACAAAGCAAAUGUGAAAAGAGGCCCUUGGACUGCUGAGGAAGAUGCAAAAAUUCUUGCUUAUGUAGCCAGUCAUGGAAUUGGCAACUGGACUCUGGUCCCUCAAAAAGCAGGUCUGAAUAGGUGUGGAAAAAGCUGUAGGUUGAGAUGGACAAAUUAUCUGCGUCCUGAUCUUAAGCAUGACAACUUCACAUCUCUAGAAGAAGAAUGCAUCCUUGAGCUUCACAAAACCAUAGGUAGCAGGUGGUCUUUAAUAGCAAAGCGAUUACCUGGGAGAACAGAUAAUGACGUCAAAAAUUACUGGAACACAAAGCUGAAGAAAAAGCUAGUGAACAUGGGAAUUGAUCCUGUAACACAUAAACCAUUUGCCCAGGUCUUUGCUGAGUAUGGGAAAAUUAGUGGUCUCCCAAUUCAAAAUGCAAAAAAUCACAUCCAUUUGCCCAACAAUACCACUGGAAAAAACCAUGUUUGUAUGGAAUCAAAGCAAUUUCCAUUCUCAAAUGGGACUCCCCAUGAUAAGUUUGUUCAUAAGAUUAUGAAUGACCAGUUGCAAGAGAACUACACUAAAAAUUACACAUGGGAUUCUAAGGAGACUCUUCAAACACAUAGUUCCCUUUUGAUUUCAACAUCAACUUCUUGUAAUCCCACAGUACACAGCUACUCCCCUUCUUUUUCUUCUGUGCAAUCUCAGGUUCAUACUAUGCCAUCUUCUACGUCUACGUGUAAUUGGAACGAGUUUAUAUUUGGAGACCCUUUUACAUCAUCAGGUGCAGAGCAAAAACAGGAGACAUUUUUGUCAAACUUACUUCAGAAGGAGAAUCCUACUUGUGGGGAAGUUACUGAAGUUGAGGAAAAGCAGCCUGUUGAAGAAGCCACUUGUUCCUCUGCCAUGGAUUCAUUCGUGGACACUAUCUUGGCUAACGAAAAGCAAAUGCUAAUGGAUUUUCCACCACUUCUAGAUGUCUACCUCGAUUAUUGACUCUUAAUAUACAUGGUGUUGCGAUUUCACUAG